GAUGCCCGCAGACGUCGAACCCAGCAAACCGAAGCCUGAAGAUGCCAAUGCUGCGCCAGCUCCCGCUCCCACCCCAGCCGCAGCUCCCGAGCCAAAGACAGAGACUCCUGCGGCUGAACCCAAGCCUGAUGCUCCCGCACCCGAGUCGAAGACGGAAGCUCCUGCCCCGGCUCCUGCUGCUGCUCCCGCUCCUGCUCCCGCUGCUGCUCCUGCCGCUGCCCCUGCCGCUGCUCCCGCUCCUGCUCCCGCUGCUACCCCCGCUCCUGCCGAAUCUCCUGCUCCCGCCGAUGCUCCUGCUCCUGCUCCGGCUGCUCCUGCUCCUGUUCCGGCUGCUACCCCUGCUCCUGCCGUUGCCCCUGCUCCGGCCGCUGCUCCUGCUCCGGCUGCUACCCCUGCUCCGGCCGCUGCUCCUGCUCCAGAGGCGAAGACCGAAGCGCCAGCUCCAGAAGCAAAGACAGAAGCGGCAGCGCCUGCACCGGAGGCCACACCGGAGGCCGCACCCGAGGCCGCACCCGCAGCAGCACCCGCAGAACCAGCAGCUGAGAAGCCCGCUGAGAAAACGGAGCCCGCACCAGCUAAAUAAAUGCCCUACGAGUCCAGAUGGAUCUAGAGUGGUUAUGACACCAGACCUAGUCUUACCCUGACCAUCCCCGGUACUCUUUGCUUUGUCUUGUGCCUUUGCCCGCAUUUCAUACCCCAGCCUUGAUUCUUCGUUCAGUUCAAGUGUGCUUUGGCAAUUCAAGCUGUUUCACCAGGACCCUGC